UCACGAAAAACUCCGAAGCCUUGGCACAGCACGUAACAUCACUUGUUACCAGGCAGACAGCUUUUCCAACAUGGCAGCGUCAAGCAACGCAGAGCAAACGCAGUUGCAAGAUAUGGAGGAGGAAGAUGCAGGGAUGGAGGAGAGGGAUAUGGAAUCGGGCGACGAGCCGGAGGAGGGCAUGAGAGAAGACAAUUCAGACGAAGAAGAGGACGAUUCUUCGGAAGACGAGAAAGAAAAUGAAGCUGAGAUCCAACGGUUGGAGGAGCAGCUGUCAAUCAAUGCUUUCGACUACAACUGCCACGUGGAUCUCAUCAAACUACUCAAGCAGGAGGGCGAACUUUCCCGUCUGCGAAAGGCAAGGCAGAAGAUGAGUGAGCUUUUCCCACUCACUGAAGAGAUCUGGCUAGAUUGGCUCAAGGAUGAGAUCCGUCUGACUGAAGAGGAGCCAAACCGGGAGAAAGUAUACGAACUUUUUGAGAAAGCUACAAAAGACUAUAUUUGUCCAGAUAUCUGGCUUGAAUAUGCUCAGUAUUCAAUUGGUGGCAUGGGCUCACCAGGUGGGAUGGACAAGGUGAGAUCCAUCUUCGAGAGAGCGGUGACAGCGGUGGGGCUUCACAUGACCAAGGGACAGAUGGUGUGGGAGGCGUACAGAGAGUUUGAGAAUGUCAUUCUGUCCACAGUACAGCCUCCCCCUGGCAGGAUUCCCAGCCGCGAGGAGCAGGAUCUGUUGAAAACUCAGCUUGAUCGUAUCCAUACGCUGUUUCGCCGCCAGCUGGCCAUCCCCUUAAUGGACAUGGAAGCCACCUAUGCAGAGUAUGAGGAGUGGUCUGAACAUGGGGUGGCUGAGACGGUCGUACAUCAGUACAAAAAGGCUUUGCAGCAGUUGGCCAAGUGCAAAUCUUUAGAAGAAUCACUGAUAGUAGCAGAGCCUCCUAAACUGGCAGAGUAUCAGUCCUACAUCGACUUUGAACUAAAGGAGGGCGACCCAGCACGGGUCCAGAUCAUCUUUGAGCGGACCCUGGCAGAGAACUGCCUGGUACCAGACAUGUGGGCAAAAUACACCACCUAUCUUGAUCGUCAGCUGAAGAUCAAAGAUUUGGUUCUCUCCUCUCAUGAACGUGCCGUCAGGAACUGUCCCUGGACCAUGGGUCUGUGGAAGAGCUACCUGCUAGCUCUGGAGAGGCAUGGAGCUGACCAUCACACUGUCUCAGAUGUUUUUGAGAAGGCACUGAAUGCAGGUUUCAUUCAAGCGACAGAUUAUGUGGAAAUUUGGCAGGCACACCUUGACUACCUGAGGAGACGUGUGGAUUUCAGCAAAGAAUCAAGUAAAGAGUUGGAGGAGCUACGAGGAGCUUUCUCUCGGUCUUUGGACUACAUGAAACAAGAUGUGGAAGAAAGAUUUGGUGAAAGUGGAGAUCCUUCUUGUAUCAUAAUGCAGAUCUGGGCAAGGAUAGAGGCCCUACACUGCAAGAACAUCCAAAAAGCCAGAGAACUGUGGGACAGCAUCAUGACGAAAGGGAACGCUAAAUAUGCUAACAUGUGGCUGGAGUACUAUAACCUCGAAAGGUCUUAUGGAGACCCCGUUCACUGUCGGAAAGCUCUCCACAGAGCAGUGCAGUGCACCACAGACUACCCUGAGCAUGUGAGUGAAGUCCUGCUCACAUUCGAGAGGGUGGAAGGUUCUCUGGAGGACUGGGACGUGGCAGUGCAGAAGACCGAGACCCGGCUGAACAGGAUUAAUGAGCAACGAGCAAAGGUGGCUGAGAAAGAAGCCAACCUGGCUCGCCAAGAGGAAGAGAAAGCCGAUCAGCGGCGGAAGACCAAGGUUGACAAGAAGGCUCAGAGGAAGGUCCAGAAGGGAUCUCGAGUUGGGGAGAAGAGGAAAGCAGAGCAGGAUGAUUAUCAAGAUGAGUGGAAUGAUAACUCUGAACAAGAACAACAACCUAAAAAGCACAGAGGAAAUGGGGACCAAACCACAGAAGAGUACAUGGAGACCGAGACAGGACUCUUUGGGAGGAACGCUCGCCCUGGCUACAAGCCUCCUCCACCCGGCAAUAAAAGAGCCCAGCAGGGAGCUGCAGCCGGCGAACAGCAGAGCGAUGACAAGCAAGAGCUUCGCAACGAUAACAGCAGCGUAUUCAUCAGCAACCUGGCAUACACCCUGAAGGAGCCAGAGGCAAAGCUCAGGACCCAGUUUGAGACCUGUGGUCCCAUCAAACAGGUUCGCCCCGUCUUCGGCAACAAAGGGACCUUCAAAGGCUACGGCUAUGUACAGUUUGAAUCCCCAGUGUCUGUCCCUGAAGCCCUAAAGCUGGACCGACGGGAGGUGGAGGGCAGGCCCAUGUUUGUGUCACCUUGUGUCGACAAAAACAAAAAUCCUGACUUUAAGGUGUUUAAAUACAACACAUCCAUAGAGAAACAAAAAAUCUUCAUCUCUGGGCUGCCGUUCACGUGCACUAAAGAGCAACUGGAGGAAAUCUGCAAAAGUCAUGGCAUCAUCAAAGAUAUUCGUCUGGUCACGUAUCGCUCAGGAAAACCCAAGGGUCUGGCAUAUGUUGAGUUUGCAGAUGAAGCCCAGGCAUCUCAGGCAGUUCUGAAAAUGGACGGCAUGACUAUAGAGGACAACAAAAUCUGUGUUGCUAUAAGUAACCCUCCUCGCAGAAAUAUGAUGGAUAAACCUGGUUCCAACAGGCCCACGGACAUGAUGCCUCGCCAGGUCUUUGGAUCGAGAGGCAGAGGACGCACCCAGCUCUCAUUACUCCCUCGUUCCCUGCACCGACAAAGUGGGCCUGGAAGCAAAGUCGAGAACGGGACUGCGGCUGAGCAGGUUCCAGAAACAGCUAGCACAGUAGUGAAUGCAGUCGGAGAGACGAAACCUUUGUCAAAUUCAGACUUUGCCAGGAUGCUUCUCAGCAAGUGAGAAGAUGGAGAGAAUUACGACUGACUUCACACUGAAAACCGUCUUGUGUCCUUAAAAAUCAGUGUUAGUGAUUUUUCUGUAAUUAGUUACCCAACUUCCCUUUAAUCUCAGUCCUGUUCUCAUCAUCCGUUCUGCGAGAUUUGCCUUAAUCGCUGAGCUCCUGCUCUCCAUGGGAAAGCCUUUUUGCUCAAGACUUUUCACCAGUGUGACAGAUAGUUUUUGUUUAGUUUAGUUUGUUGAAGGUGGUUGGCUGGCUAUUUUAUAAAAAAAAAAAGUGUAUCAUAUUUGUGUGUAAAUAUACUGUAUCUAAAAUUGUAUGCCUCAUGUUGCAAAGUGUCUUCUUUUGUUGUAUAAUGUGAAAGGAAUCUGAGA